GCUCGCGGAGGCCGCGGCGGCUACGGCUGGGGGAGCCGCACUGGGGCCCGCGGCGGAGGCCGUGGCCUGUCCUGGGAAGGUGGCGGGGAGGGACGCGGGAGGAAGAUGGCGACGUCGGGGGCAAACGGGCCUGGCUCAGCCGCGGCCUCGUCUUCCAAUCCGCGCAAGUUUAGCGAGAAGAUCGCGCUGCAGAAGCAGCGUCAGGCCGAAGAGACGGCGGCCUUCGAGGAGGUGAUGAUGGACAUCGGCUCCACCCGGUUGCAGGCCCAAAAACUGCGGCUGGCAUACACAAGGAGCUCCCAUUACGGUGGUUCUCUGCCCAAUGUUAACCAGAUUGGCUGUGGCCUCGCCGAGUUCCAGAGCCCCCUCCACUCACCUUUGGAUUCAUCGCGGAGCACUCGGCACCAUGGGUUGGUGGAACGGGUGCAGAGAGACCCCCGAAGGAUGGUGUCCCCACUCCGCCGAUACCCCCGCCACAUCGACAGUUCUCCCUACAGCCCUGCCUACUUGUCUCCUCCCCCGGAGUCCAGCUGGCGAAGGACAAUGCCCUGGGGCAAUUUCCCUGCAGAGAAAGGACAGCUGUUUCGACUGCCCUCAGCACUUAACAGGACGAGCUCUGACUCUGCCCUUCACACAAGUGUGAUGAACCCCAGCUCCCAGGACACUUAUCCAGGCCCCGCACCACCCAGUGUCCUGCCCAGCCGCCGCGGGGGUUUUCUGGAUGGCGAAAUGGACGCCAAGGUCCCUGCCAUGGAGGAGAACCUGCUCGAUGACAAGUAUCUGCUGAAACCGUGGGAUGCCAAGAAGCUGUCCUCCUCCUCCUCCCGACCUCGGUCCUGCGAAGUCCCUGGAAUUAACAUCUUCCCGUCUCCUGACCAGCCUGCCAGUGUGCCUGUCCUCCCACCUGCCAUGAGCACGGGGGGCUCCCUGCCUGACCUCACCAACCUGCACUUCCCCCCACCGCUGCCCACCCCCCUGGACCCUGAGGAGACAGCGUACCCCAGCCUGAGUGGGGGUAGCAGCACCUCCAACCUGACCCACACCAUGACCCACCUGGGCAUCAGCGGAGGUCUGGGCCUGGGCCCCGGCUACAGUGCGCCGGGACUCCAUUCACCUCUCAACCACCCCUCCCUGCAGUCCUCCCUGAGCAAUCCCAACCUCCAGGCUUCCCUGAGCAGUCCCCAGCCCCAGCUCCAGGGCUCCCACAGUCACCCCUCCCUGCCCGCCUCCUCCCUGGCCCGCCACCCACUGCCUGCCACCUCCCUGGGUCACCCGUCACUCAGUGCCCCGGCCCUCUCUUCCUCCAUUUCCUCUUCCACUUCCUCUCCCAUCCUGGGCACCCCCCCUUACCCAGCUUCUGCCCCUGGGGCCUCCCCCCGCCACCGCCGAGUGCCCCUCAGCCCCCUGAGUUUGCCCGCGGGCCCUGUGGACGCCAGAAGGUCCCAACAGCAGCUGCCCAAACAGUUUUCGCCAACAAUGUCACCCACCUUGUCUUCCAUCACUCAGGGCGUCCCCUUGGACACCAGUAAACUGCCUACUGACCAGCGGCUGCCCCCAUACCCAUACAGUCCCCCAAGCCUGGUUCUCCCUACCCAGCCCCCCAACCCAAAGCCUCCACAGCAGCCAGGGCUGCCCUCUCAGGCCUGCUUAGUGCAGCCCUCAGGUGGGCAGCCCCCAGGCAGGCAGCCUCAUUAUGGGCCUCCAUACCCCUCUGGGUCCAGUGGACACAUGCAGCACCCUUACCACCGGCCAGGGGGUGACUUCAGCCUGGGGAACCCGGAGACAUUCAGCAUGGAGAGUCCAUCAACCAGCCUGGUGCUGGAUUCCUCUGGCUUUUCCGAAGGGCCUGGAUUUUUAGGGGGUGAGGGGCCGGCAGAUGGUCCCCAGGAUCCUCACACCCUCAACCACCAGAACGUGACCCAUUGUUCCCGCCAUGGCUCAGGACCUAAUAUCAUCCUCACAGGAGACUCUUCCCCAGGUUUCUCGAAGGAGAUUGCAGCAGCCCUGGCUGGAGUUCCUGGCUUUGAGGUGUCGGCAGCUGGGUUGGAGCUGGGGCUGGGGCUGGAAGAUGAGCUGCACAUGGAGCCACUGGGCCUGGAAGGGCUAAACAUGCUGAGCGACCCCUGCGCCCUGCUGCCCGACCCUGCCGUGGAGGAUUCCUUCCGCAGUGAUCGGCUCCAGUGAGGGGGCCUCGCCACCAUCCUUCUUCUUGACCCCACCCUAUCACUGACCCCACCCUUUCCUCCCUUCCCCUGGCCAGUGGAGACUACACUCUCUGCCCCAGAUUCUCUUUCUGACAUGAAUGAAGGAUUCUAAGAAUGAGAAACGGCAAGGGGUUUGUCCGGUGGCUCCUGGAUUCCACAUAACGGAUGGGCGUGGGGGAGCUCAAGGGAGGGCCUGAAGCACUUGUAACUUUGAAAACCGUCUGUCUGGAGGUCAGAGCCUGUUGGAGAGCAGGGGGUAGAGGGAACCCCGGAGGCAGGGCUUGUCCGGAUGCCUAGGGGUGGGCAGUGCCAGCCCCUCCUCGCCACUCUUCCCCUUGCAAUGGAGGAGAGAGCCAGAGUGGAUAUUAUUUUUUAUUAAAUAUAUUAUAUGUUAAUAAAAAAAUCCUUUCAGA